UGGUCACCCUGGCACGCUAAGAAGAUGGCCGCAAUCUGCUAUUAGAGACGAAAGCUGUGCUUCUUUUGCAAUAGCAGUAAAGUGAUUGUGAUUAGUUAUUGAGAAAUUUUGUUGCAAUCUGAAACUAUUGUUAGCGAGUGAACGUUAGUGAAUCGGGUGUUACAGAUCGAAGUUCCAUUUACCAACUUCCACCUCUGAGGAAAAAGUGUACCGUCGAUUUAACAGUGUUUACAACCUGUUUUUGUAAAAAAUAAUAAUGUAUUCAACUACUAUCAGUUUCUAGUUUAAUAAAAGGAAGUGAUAGCAGGACUAUACGUCGAUGAAGCACGAAUUAAUUUUUGGCAUGCGUGAAACAACCUGUUAAAUAGUGCAGUGAACUUUUUGUUUACUAAUUUUUUUCUCAAAAUAACGUGUCAGCUCUUUAUCAAAAUAAAUAAAAUGUAUAGAGAUGCAGACCAUAAUCAUGCAUUUAGAUAACGCUCAAUGAUCGAAUAAAUUUAAUACGUUUCCUAUUUUAAAUUUAUAUGAAAAUAUUUAAGUUUGAGGUUAUGUUAUUAUACGGAGUGCUGUGAAUAUUCGUGGAUUGUGCGAUGUGAUGGGGCAGUGACCGGUUGGCAGCAACACGCUGGAUCGAGGGAUACCUGGUCCAGGGGGUUGCUUAGACGGCGGUGGGAAUAUUCCUACAGGCCCCCCCGUCGUCCCCCAGCCCCCAGGACUGUCUGGCCUUCAUAAUAGUGAAGUUACACCUAAACAGGCCAUAGUAGAAAGAUUACGUCGUCGUAUGGAGGGGUACCGAAGAAGACAAAGUGACUGCAUGCCGCGUUUUGACCAAUCUUUUAGCGGCCUCUGCGAACAAAAUUUGCAGGAUACUCUGCAGCUGAAGCAACGCUACCUCGAUGCCAAAGCAAAAAGAGUACCUAAGACGAAAGCUGAAAAGAAGCAUCAAGAUUCCUCGAUACAAAGUAGUGUACACGUGCAGCAAAAGUUUUUGAAACGUUCCUCCGAAGAAUUAGAUCCCGGCGGCGGCGGACCAAGCGAAAAUUUCGAACCUCCAGUGAAACUUCAGUGUUCCAAUGAAGGUCUCACCAAAUUUUCCGUUGAGAUCGUUCAACAAUUGGAAUUUACGACAUCUGCCGCCAAUUCCCAACCCCAACAGAUAUCGACGAACGUCACUGUAAAAACACAUGCGAACGCUUCCGUAAAAAGUGAUGUAUCUUCUCCAAAAUCAAAUCCAGAUCUUCAAAAAUCAACAUCGACCUCGAAUAUAGGCCUCGAUGUAGGUACAUUAGUCGAAUGUGUGAAACAAGAACCUGACAACGAUUUCGCCGAUCUCGAUCAAUGCGCGGCGGCUUUGGAAAAAGACGCUGCCGCUAACGGCGGCGCGGGUUUCGGGGGAUUCCCCGAUCUCAUCGGCGAUGAUACUAACGACGAUAUAAUUUCAUCGGCAACCUUCAACGAACUUAUCACCGAUAUCUCGAAUUACCCCGAUUACGAAUUAAUGAAACACUUCGAUUUCGAAGAUAACAAAUUAGAUACUAAAACCGAAGAUAUUAAGAACAUUCCGAUUUCUCAGGAUUCCAAGACGACGUCGAGUCCGUUGUUGCAACAAAAUAAUCCCCGCAUUCCCUCCUACUCCAAUAUGGACUUUGUUAAAACCGAGUUGAGUCCGGCGGCGCAAACUCUAAAACAAAUGGCCGAACAACAUCAACAUAAAAAUCAAAUGGGAUUAUCGUUUACCGCGGCCAGAUCGCCUUACGGGGAAUUUCAAUUCCAAGGGAGCGAUUACGGAAGUCCAAAUUCUAUCCAUAAAAAUAGUCCCACGUUCCCGCAACCUGAUAUGAUCAAACAGGAAAUGAUUUUCCAACAGGGCAACGAAUUUGACAUGAAACGUAAAAAUCCAGGCAUCUAUAAACAACAAUAUUCUCCUUACAGUAGCCCUAGUGCUAGUAAUCACGGUAGUCCCGGUUAUUUACCUCGAGGUAACACAGGUACCAAUGCCAAUACCGGCGCUUUCGGUGGCGGUACGCCACCUAGACCUCCCUCAGGUCCGGGAAAUAAUAAUAAUAACAACCCCGGAUCGACAAACGUUCAAAUUAAUCAAGCCCAACAAAUGAAUAUUAGUCAGCAAAGCCACGGUCAUACCAUACAGGUAUCAGCCGGUCAACACGUACAUCUUUCUGGUGAUAUUAAAGGCACCGUUAAUAUAGCCGCCCAACAAGGUAUGCAUUUUACUCAGCAAUCGAGUCAAAAUAAUUCCAAUCAGUCCCAGCCGAAUACCAGUAGUGCCAAUCAACAAAGUCCAAUGUCUACGCCGCAACACCAGAACUCACCUAUGUCCAACGGUGUCAAUUCUCAUAGUCCAAUGAGUCACAAUAAUCAAAUGCCUGGAAAUAAUAUGCAAAUGUCUGGUAAUCAAAUGGGACCAAAUAUGCAAGGACCAAAUGGUAUGACUCAACAAGGAAAUAUGACCGGAAAUGAUAUGAGUAAUAAUAUGACAGGUCCAGGUAACAUGGGUAUGCCCAACAGCAAUAUCGGACCAGGAACUGGUAUGAGCGGAAUGGGUUCCAAUAUGAGCAGCUCUGGCGGUAUGCCUGGACAAAUGGGAGGCAUGCAACAUCCUUCUAUGCAUUCUGUAGGCGGAAUGGGAAGCCACACGGAUUCCUAUUCCAUGUCGCAGACACAGACCAUCAAUUUCACUCAACAAAGCUUGAGGAGGGCUGGAAAUCAAGGUGUACCCAAUUCGAUGGGACCUUCUUCAAUGUCCGGAUCAUCCGGUCCCAACGUGAACAAUCAACCCGGUACCGGAAUGGGUCCUCGUUUAAUGACUUCCCAAUCGUUAGAACAACAAAAGUUAUUGCACCAACAACAAAUGUUGAGGGCGCAACAACAGCAAGCGGCGAUGCAACAACACAUGGUGCGACCGCCGCCGCCCGAUUACAAAACCACCGCCGGAAUAAUGCAAGGAAUGCAAUCUAGAUACGCUACGCCCGCACCGCCGCCGAAUAUGAGAAGAAUGCCUAUGCAACCUAUGCCUCCGUCAGGACCGAUGAUGCGUUCAAAUAUGUACAUGAUGCAACAGCAACAGCAACAAAUUCCACCCCAACAGAUACCCCAAAGGGGAGCUAUAUAUACCAGGCAACAGGGACCAUUAGCUGGAAUGGAAUCAAUGCAGCACAAUACGGAAUGGAGGCAUCUGCUGAUGUCCCAACAGCAAAAUUCCAGCUAUACUUCUAUGAGACCCCAAUUCCAACAAGGUUUUAACAUGAAUUCGAAUAACAUGCAACAAAUGUCGGCGUUGCAACACCAACAACAGCUCAGAAAUCAACAAGCAAUGGUUACCGGCGGAGGACCUGUGUCAAAUCAACAAGGACUUGUUCCCGGAAUGGGUCAAGGUCAAAUUAUAGGCCAAAAUAACAACCCCAUGGCCCAAAUGAACAACAUGAAUCAAGCCAUGUUACACAUGCAACAGCAGCAGUCCAUGAUGCAACAACAAAAUCAACACAUGUCAAUGUCGAACAUCCACAUGCAACAAUCCCAAUCGAUCUCAGUAUCUAAUCAAUCUUUACAAUCUCAACAACAGCCGAACAUGUCACUUGGCAAUCAAAUGAACAACGUCGUACCGUCAUCGAAUAUAACCCAAAAUUCCAUCAGUUCGGCAUUUAAUCCACAAGCAGAUUUCAAUUUUGAAUUUUUGGAUAACUUGGCAACGUCGGACGGUACGACGUUCACCGACCAGGAACUGUUGAGUUCAUUCGACAGCGAUCCAGGCUUUAAUUUAGAUUUUUAAAUAUUUACUUUAGGUUAGAACCAUUUUCUAUAUUUAUUUAUAAAACGUGACAAACCAUAUUCAUAUUACAUCUAAAUUGGCAAUUUUUAUUGUCAUAUACCAUAAUUUAAUUUAAAUAAUUUUAAAUACUGUCAAAAUUUAAAAAUUUCCUUCAUUACGAUAAAACCUUCAUAACUAGUGAUUUCCAAUCACACUUUCACUAUUCAAAAAUAAUGAGUUCUCCAAUGGAAGGAAAGUCAAAGAUGACAGACCCAAAUGGAAAUUUACUCAGUUUGUUGCCUAAUAGACAGGAAACAAAACAAGACAAAAACUAGGAUGGUUUUG